UCGGUGCUCAUCAUCCGGACAAGUCACUUCCUUGUUCUCAUCCAAUUUAUUUAUUUGAAUCAGCCAGGAUUUUGCGUACGAGAACCAACAUGCGUUUCCACGUCGCCGUUCUGUUGGCUACUGUCCUGGUAGCGCUCGACGCUGCCCCGUACAAACGCCAAUAUUACCCGCAACGGGCCGGCUAUUACCCACCGUCUUCCUAUUACGGGCCGGCUGCUUACUCGGCCGACGACUACUACAGCUCCCCUUACGGCGGCUAUUCCAGUUACAGCGGCUACAAUCGAAAUCAGCCGUACAUGAGGCCAACCAGCUACUCGGCUUAUCGCUACCCGUCGUCACUCGGCUACCAAUCGGGUUACCCGAACGUGUUCGGGUGGCCCCGUUGGUCCCCGUUCUCGCGCUACGUCGCCACACCUCAACCGAAGCCAACAGCUGCGGGCGUGAUCGCCGUCGUGGCGCCCAACGUGGCCGACGAAGGGUUGAAAGCUCAACAACCCGUCGUCCUUGUGCUCGAUCACAACGAAGAUCAUCACCAACCACAGGAAGAAGAAGAGUUCGAUCUAAGCAAAUUGGUUGGCAACUUCGUGCCGGACGUCGCCCAGCAGCAACAGCUAAAUGAACAGCAACCCGAACUGCAAGAGCCGGCCACUCAGGACGGAUUCUUGGGCGCUGUGGCACAGGCCCAGUUUGAACCUACUCAACAGGUGGCUGCCGUCCAAUCGGAGGCCGAUUUCGAUCAGCCCGAACUCAGCCCGUUGGUUGUUCCAUCAGGAAUGUCGUUCGACAGCCAAGAGCCCGUCGCGGUCCAACAAGUCGUCCAAGAUGACAAACCGGCCCCAAUGGCUGUCGUCGAACCCGUUGUCGAAGCCCAAAUCCAGCCGAUCGCCGUGGUUGCCGAACCCGUUCAGGUAGCCGUCGAAGCAGCUUCAGCCGAUCAGGUUGCCGAAUCCACCAAAGUUGAGGAACCCGUCGCGGUUGCUGAAACCGUUGAAGCUCAACCCGUUGACGAACCCGUUCAAGUUGCCGAAACCGCUUUCCAAGUAGGCCAAACCGAUGAUGCCAUCGUCGUUCCAGUCGUCUCUGCUGACGCCAAUCAACCCGAGGCUGUCGUUGAAUUCGUGCCCGUCGAUCCACUGGCCGACAUCGAACAACAAAUCAUCGCUGUUGCCGAACCCGACGUCCAAGUCGUUCCUGAAACUCCAGUCGUCGCUGACGUCGUCCAGGUCGAUCCUCUGCCCGUCGCCGAAGUGGAACAAAAGCCCGUAGAAGACCUUGUUCCAGUCGUCGAGCCCGCACAGGAGGCCGUUCCAGUUGCUGAUGAACAGCAAGUCGUCGAGUUGUCCCCAAUCGCCGAAGUGGAACAGAAACCCCAAGAGGACGUUGUUCCAGUUGUAGCUAUCCAGGUUGAUCCUUUGCCCGUCGUUGAAGUUGAACAGAAACCCGAAGAAGACGUCGUUCCAGUCGCAGAGCCCGCACAGGAAGUCGUCGCUGAUGUCAUCCAGGUCGAUCCUCUGCCCGUCGUCGAAGUUGAACAGAAGCCCGUCGAAGAUGUUGUUCCAGUUGUGGCUGUCGAGGAGACUCCAGUCGUCGCCGACGUUGUCCAGGUCGACCCUCUGCCCGUCAUUGAAGCUACAGAACAGAAACCCGUAGAAGACGCUGCUGUUCCAGUGGCCGAAGCCCAGCCAAAUCCCGACAGCCAACAGGAAAUCUGGAUCCAAGUAGCACCGGCCGUCCCUCAAGAACAGGACGCCGUCCAGGUCCCUUCGCGGCCAUUCCCAGCUACGCCGACCUUCCAGAAACCCGAAGUGUGGAUCGAAUCCGACGUCGCUACGCCCAACAAAGUCGACCAGCAAGACACCGUCCUGGCCGUCCUCGAGGCUGACCAGCCGGCCAAAGUUGUGAGCCCCGUGCAGGUGGACAACUCGAAGGAACAGGACAACUCGAUGGAGAACGCAUCGACCGAGAAAGUGGAAACGGCCACCGAAUCGAACGAGGACAACUCGGUGGAGAAGAUCCAAGUGGAAUUGGUCCAGUCGGGUGAGCCCGUCCAAUUGCCGCAGGCCGAUUCGCAAGUGAAAGUUCCAGCUGAGCAGCCGCUGAUCUACCGCGAGGAGAUUGUCGUUUCGUCUGGCAGCCUCGCUGUUGGUCAUCAAGGGGACGCCCAGGUGUCGUUGAAGCCGGCCGCUGUCAUCGCCAUACCCGAUCGCGUCACGGCCACGGAAGUCGAAGAGCCGGCCCAGGUGCAGGCCGUCGAGUCUGAUCACAAAGUGGAAAAGCCCGUCGCUGACGACUUGAAGAUCGAGCAGACCGUGGCUGUCGAACAGGAGAAGGUUGCCGAGCCCGUUGUUGUUGAAGAAGAGAAGGUUGCCGAGCCCGUUGUUGCCGAACAAGAGAAAGUUGCCGAACCUGUUGUUGUUGAAGAAGAGAAGGUUGCCGAGCCCGUUGUUGCUGAACAGGAGAAAGUUGCCGAACCCAUUGUUGCUGAACAAGAGAAGGUAGCCGAGCCCGUUGUUGCUGAAGAAGAAAAGGUUGCCGAACCUGUUGUUGCUGAACAAGAGAAGGUUGCCGAGCACGUUGUUGCUGAACAGGAGAAGGUUGCCGAACCCGUUGUUGCUGAGCAGGAAAAAGUUGCCGACUCUCCUGCCGUUGCUGAACAGGAGAAAGUUGUCGAGCCCGUUGCCGCAGAACAAGAAAAGGUUGCCGAACCCGUAGUGGCCGAGGAGGAGAAAGCUGCCGAACCCGUUGCUGCAGAACAAGAGCAAGAAAAGGUUGCCGAACCUGUCGUCGCUGAGCAGGAACAAGAAAAGGUUGCCGAGCCCGUCGUCUUUGAGCAAGAACAAGAAAAGGUUGCCGAACCCGUCAUUGUUGAGCAAGAACAAGAAAAGGUUGCCGAACCCGUCGUCGUCGAACAAGAACAAGAAAAGGUUGCCGAAGCCGUUGUAGCUGACCCAGCCGCUGACGAGACGAAGAAGAGCACCGACUGCAAAGUCGAGUACAUCCUCGUCAACGACGCCGGUACCCCGGCCGAUGCCAAGGACGUGGCCGAAGAAAAGCCCCAAACGCAGGAUGACUCUGCUGCCAUCGUCGUUACCUCGGCCGAUGCUGAAACCAAGCCGGCUUCCGCUCGCUUCGAGUCGCGAGUCAACAGCCGCACAAAGUCCAAGUUCGGUUUGAGAUCCCUCGGUCGCCGCAUCAUCAAAUUUUAAACACGAUCCAUCGCAAACGCCCUUUCCCAUCGAAAUAAAACCCCCCUUUUUCAAAAAAAACAAAGUGCCUUGCAAUUCAAAAAAUGAUGACGUUUUGAAAUGCAAAUGAAAGCCCCACGUAUUUUUUAGCAAAACGUUUGGAGACCGCAACAAAGCCAUCCAGCCACGCCCUUUUCAAUUUAUUUUGUGUGUCAUCAAGAUGAUUAUUUUUUAAUUUCGAUUGUUUUUCAUUUUGAACAAAAACUCGUCUCCACAACAACCACCUUGAAUUCCCAAUUUCCCAUUCACAUUUUGAACCACCCCGUUCUCCAUUUUUUACGCUCAUUUUUCUUCCAAAAAACAGCAACUUUUUCUUGUUUUUGGGUCGGGAUUUUUAAAGAAAAAAUUUUAAAAACAAAACAUAAAAAAAAAAAAAAAUCCCCAGUCGAAUCGCGUGCCGUUCCCCCAAACGCGAAAAAAAAAAAUUGUUUGGUGAUUGGUUAUUUAAAAAUUUCCAUGUUUUUCUUUUUGCCUCUCGUCUACUUGUGGCUUUAAUUAUUUAAAAUAUCCCCCCCCCCCCCGUCCGAGUUCAAAAAUCUUUUCCCUUUCAAAAUUCCCUCGUGUUAACAUGCCGUUCGAUUCACUAAUGAUUGAUUACAAUACACACCAUGUGUUUCUCCGGA